ACACUAACCAGUUUCACAACUCAAAAUCAAAUUGCUCCAAAAUCACUUUGCACACAGAAACUGUUUGCGAGGGAAAAAGAAAAAAAAAAGUAAAAAAGAAACAUAACCUCCCAACUAACUUUUCCUCUCCAAACGACAAAACCACAAAACACAAACAAGAAAGAAACAUGUUUUCCAAACACAAUGCUCCAAAACCACAAGAUCCAAGGCUCAAGGCCAUCACUGAAGCCAUCAGAGUCGUUCCUCACUUCCCCAAACAAGGGAUAAUGUUUCAGGACAUAACGACAUUGUUGUUGGAUCAUAAGGUUUUUAAGGACACAAUUGACAUUUUUGUUGAUCGUUACAAAGACAUGGGAAUUUCCAUUGUUGCCGGAGUGGAAGCUAGGGGAUUCUUUUUUGGCCCCUCAAUAGCAUUAGCCAUUGGUUCAAAGUUUGUUCCUUUGCGCAAACCUCGAAAGCUACCAGGUGAAGUAAUUUCAGAAAAAUAUGAUCUAGAAUAUGGAAGUGAUUGUUUGGAGAUGCAUGUUGGUGCUGUGAAACAUGGUGACAAAGCCAUUGUUAUUGAUGAUUUGGUGGCUACUGGUGGAACUCUAUCUGCAGCAAUUACUCUCCUAGAACGUGGUGGUGCUGAAGUAGUGGAAUGUGCUUGUAUCAUUGGUCUGUCUCAUUUUAAGGAUGAUUGCAGCGUGAAUGGCAAACCACUUUAUUUCCUUGUGGAACCGCGUCUUCAAUAAGAUUUUUGUUUCCGAGAUUUGAUUUUUCAUUAUUAUUCUUCGGGUGACACACAAAAAACAUGAUUCAUUGGAGAAAACAGAUACUUCUCUCAGCUGAUUAUUAAUAUAUUCUGCCCCUUCACAAAGAUAUCUUCAUGGAAAAUUUUGGCGGUUUAUAGGGGUAGCUUCAUGGAAGUCCAUUAUAUUUUUAAAUGUUUUGUUUUAUG